CCAUCGAGCAUCGACUACUUUCGCCACCUGCAAGACGAGCAUCUACCCAGACCUCUUCCGACACUAUUUUACCAUGCCUGGCGUUCUGGCGGCACUGACUGGAUCAGCGGCGGGCUCGGGCGGAGACGGGGGCCAGGGCCUUCGCGACGAGAGGAAGAAGGGUCGCAUCGAGGGCGGCACGAAAGAAGAGUCCAAGCAGAUCGCCGAGCAGAUCCCCGACAAGCAGAAGAAGCUCUUCGCACUCAUGCUGAAGCAGAUCCUCAGGCUCAGCCAGCAGUGCCGCGACAUGUCAGGGGUCAUCUUCGACACUCUCAUCGUCCCGAUGACGGUCGCAUUCAUUACGAUGAUGAGCGAACAGACCGUGGCCUACGCCGCCGAGACCAAGUCAAAGGGCAAAGAGCACACCCUCGGACCUCCGCAUAUAUAUGCGAUGGGCGGGCUCAUCAAGGGACUCAUGACGCACGGGGACAGCCUCGGAGCCCAGAACCACACCGACCUCGCGACAGCAUGGAAGGAGCACGACGGGUACUCAGUCGAGCAGAAGUGCGAGCUAAUUCUAUUCUGCCGCCAGGACAAGGUCUUCCAGAAGGAACGUCGCAGGAUCACCUUCGCCACCAGGGACGCGAAGUUCCGCAGCAUUCUCCUGGCCUGCCUCUCCCAAGUGCCACAGACGACACGCAAGUACGGCAGAGCCCCAGCAUCGUUCAUGGAGCGGGAGAUCCAGACCUUCCUGGAGGCCCUACUGAAGUGAAUCAUCAAGUGCGAGCGGCUCUCAAUUUACCUGAGAUUGGUUUGAGCUCGGCAUGGUCGAGCAUUUUGACGAUUGAUUCUCACGACCACUCGGACAUCAUUUUGGAAAUACCCGAUAUAUGCGAUUUGGUACGAGAUACUCCAUCGAGACCAACGGGGGCCAGCUCAGCUUCGAGUUCUAGUAGGCCCGCGCCUGUGCCCCCGCCCACUCCUGUGAGUCAUCAGCCUCCCCCUCCUCCUCCUCGCA